UCCAUCCCUAAUGAUUUUAGCAUUCCAUUACCUUGAUAGGCAAGUAAAUUACUGCAGAGGUUAAAAUCUAUGGUGACCACAUGUUUGAAUUAUUAAUUUCAGUAAAUUAUAUUUAAGUAAAUCAUAGACAGGUACUGGAGAAUGUCUCUCCACUGGAUAAUUUACCAAAUUAACACUUUCAAACAUUUUACAUAAAACUGCUGGGGUGUCUGUGUUGCUGUUUAGUUGGAUUUUUUUAGCUUUGUACCUCUUUUUUGGGGAUGUUUUCAUUAUUUUGUCAGUAUGGUUUUAGAUCUUUGGCCAAUUUAUAGAAGUGCAUCUGAUGCUUGAGAAACAAUGUAAAGGAACAUGAAUGUGCAUCAAGUAUUGUUAUUUGUUUCCACUAAAUAAAUGGGAAGUUUCUUAAUGUUUAAGUGAGAAUACAGAGCACAUGAGAAGUACCAGGUGACUAGUAACAGUUUGCAAGAAAACAAAUAUAAAGCAUCUUACUGCUUUCUACAUUUGUAAUAAGGAAACAGGAAUAGAGGCUGUUUCUAUCUCAGCAAAAACGGUCAACAUUGACUUUUCUUUUGAAAGUCUAAUCAGCACUUGCAGGCACUCAUGUGCAUGGUAGCGGAGCAGAAGAGCCUGUAAAGUAAAGCAGAGUGUGUGCUAAUGAUGACUGACUUGUUUGUGUUAGCAGAAAGAGUCCUUGAGUGGCCCAGCAAAGUUAAUUAUUUGAGGAUAAGUUCACUAAGAGAUUAGACUUUAACAGAAGAUAGUUAAACAUGUGUGCAUAAUUAAACUCAGUUUACACAGCAUUUAAGACCCAAACUUCAGCAAUUUGUUUCAGGACUGAAGAUAUUCUCUGGAUAUUCUCUAGAGUAAUUCCUUUCAGGUGCAGUUCAUUUGAAGAGUUCUGAUCUCUUUCAAGCCAGGUUGUGUGUGAACCAAAAGUGUAAAGUGGAUUACUAUUCAAAAUAGAAGGAGAUGGGUUUUAAUUCUACUUAAUGGAACACAUCUGUAGUAACAGAGUCAGCACAAACAAGAACACAAUAAUAUCUCAAUUCUCACGGUAUUUUAACAAAGUAUUUUCUGUGGAGGCCAAGCUAGUUUAUUGUACCAUCUAAGGUAUGUUUAACACAUAGCUUACACAGAAGCCAAAGAAAGCCUGUUUAAACCUAGCUUGUGAGGAUGGAAAGGAGUCAGAGAGGUAAAGUAUCAGCUAAGUGCCAGAUGCAUGGUUUUUUCCAAUGUAUUCCUUACUGGAUGAAGAGUAAAGAACAUAACAGCAGUCUUCAGAGUAGAAGAAGAAGAAAAAAAAUUGAGCUAGGGAAUAAAGUACAUCAAACCUCCUUGCUUCUGAUCUCUUUGGGACCAUGCAAACCUUUCCGAUUUCUGUUGUUGUAAUCUUCCAAGCAUAGUAAACACCUGCUGUUAGUAUCUAUAUUAGAAUAGUUACUGGGUCCAAAACAAUAAACCCAUGAACUCAUUCUUCCUAGGAACAGGCAUGGCUGCCUAUAAGGUAGCAAUCUAAUUCUGUCUUCUCAUGGAGGAAUGAAGUGACUUCUGACUCUGGAGAAGGACAAAUAUUUCAUACUACCCUAGAGUAUUUCUUCCUGCAGAUCCCCAUCUAUGCUCAGCUGGAGAUUAAUUUGUUUGUGUGAUCGUGCAGCACGUUUCUAACAAACUUUUCCAAUGGCUCCCUGAUUCUGAGGUAUUCCAGAUGGGUUCAGGGCCACAUGCAGUGGUUUUACCUGAGCCUCCAUUUAAGAGUUUUCCUGUGGAUGAGCAAGGUCCACAUGCCCAUCAGACAAUUUCUGUCCAUUAGCACAUUAUGACACUAUGAAAGAAACCAAUAGUUUCCCAAGAAACAAAAUCAUUGACAAAGUAGAAAUGGAGUUUCCUCAGACCUUAAACUGUGUGAGCAUUUACUGAACAGCACUUGGCUUUGUGUACAGCUGAGCACACUUGUUUCUGCUCUCCCAUCACAUCCCACUCACCCAGCAAGUUCCCCAGGAAAAAGCACAGGACAGUUGUGGAGCUCCAGCAGUGUGUGCUCCUGUGUGCACAGAUGUGCUGUGUAAUUCUAGUUUAUGUGCUUCUAAGAUCACCCUCCCGGAUUGCAUCACAGGCAAACGAUGGUUCCCAUGCAGCAUCGUCCUCUCUAAUUCUUCCAGGUUAUCAGAUGGAGACCACAGAUCCCACUAAUAAAAACCACUGUGCUGCACAGAUAAUUGGGAGAUCAUAGGCCAAUGUUCUGUAAAAGGCUUGUCAUGUUGGCUAGUCAGUGACAAGUGUGAUUCAAAAAAUCAUACCACAAGUCAUGACAGAUUAUUUUUUUUGAAUGCCACAGGCAGAAAAGGCUAAAUAUUGAAAACCUUAAAAACUUAAUUGUAAAAAUCCUUACUCCUUGGAAAUUAUACAUCACCAUUACUCACAGUCUGAUGGAGGCUUCAAAGAAAGCACAAAGAAACCUAUAAAAAACUAGAAGUUUCCUGGGAAAAAACUUUUAAAGGUCCCUGUAUACCUGAAGCACAGAUAAAAAUAAUCCACAAGUGGAUGGCUGCUCUAAUGCCAGGAGGUCACCUCCAUUACAGGAGCACUGCAGCACCUGGCCAUGAGCAUGUACAGGUUGGGCUUGGCCAGCAGGGCUGGGGAACGGCCUGUCCAGCAGCACUUCUAUGUGGCUGGAACUGCUGUCUCACCAUAGGACCACCACGUUGUGAGAAAGAGCUCAGCCAGGUGCUGGGGCACAGUAGUGCUGCCAGUCUGCAUUGGUGAAGCUACAGAUGGGCUAGGAGGAUCUGGGAGAUAAGGGUUUGGACUGCCAAAAGUAGGUGUUGCUGCUGUUGCUGACUAUCACCCUUCUCCCAUGAAACAGGGCUGAGACACACGAUACCAAGUCCUAACACGUAUCCAGUCCCCUGAAGAGAUAAAUGUAGGGCUGACACCACACAGGGGUGCUCACCUCAGCCUGGUCCGUCAACAAUGUCCCGCUUAUCCGGUCUCCUAGAAAUCACCCUCUCUAAUUCCUCAGCAGAAAACAACUCUCUGGGAACCAGGAGAGACCAGGAGAGUGGACAUCCCUCACAAACCUGGUUACACACAGGAGAAACAAACGUGUCUUUGGAAAAAAACCCUUCCUGACACAUUCUCCCCUUACUACACAGGUGAAAAUAGCUGCAAUUCCACAGACAAGCUUCGCUCCAAAAGGGCUUGUGUGUUUGGCCACAACACCACGUAUUCACCAUCUUAUUUUUCUUUUAUUAAUUUUUAAUCCUUUUGCAAAUACCUCAGUGUUAACUGCUGCCAAGUCCAACGCUACCCCUUGCAACCAGAAGAAGCCCAAGCAGUAUUGCAAAUCUCCUACCUCCACACCUGCUGGAACCGACUGGAGAAGAACCUUUCUGAGCUCUCUGUGCCUUUCAGGCAGGCAGGGCGGGGCAUGGCUUGAAGGCAGAGCCACCAAUAAAAGCCUCCCCAGAGGCUGCUAUGCACCUCUCUGACCCUAUCGAGCUCCUCCGCUCAAAAAAAAGCUGUGCUCGUCAGUGGCCAGCUCUGGACACAGAUUAACCACCACUCCGUGCUGGCCCGCACAGUCCCACGCCAGGACUCCCUCCGCCCUCCCUGCCUCCCCCUCAGCUGUGGCCGGCAGCUGCCCAGGGCUGCUCCAGCUCCCCAGCUCUGCCCUUUCACAACACGAGGCUUCGGCUACAGGGACAGCAGCUUCCCUCCACCCUGCUGCAGCGACAGCAACAGCUCUGCUAAGACCACAUGGCCACUUCUGGAAAGGUUAUCAGAUGCAGAGCUGCUGUUGCCUGGGCUGUAGGCAAACCACUGUCUAUUGAAGAGGUGGAGGUUGCACCUCCAAAGGCAGGUGAAGUCCGUGUCAAGAUUGUGGCCACAGGCAUCUGUCGCUCAGAUGACCAUGUUUUGCAAGGUUGUUUCCUUAACAUGAAUUUCCCAGUUAUCCCAGGCCAUGAAGGAGCUGGGAUUGUAGAAAGUGUUGGAGAAGGAGUGAGCUCUCUGAAACCAGGAGACAAAGUCAUCCCUCUUUGUCUUCCACAGUGUGGGGAAUGCAUCUUCUGCCUGAAUCCUGAAUCCAACUACUGCCUGAAGUCCCUCUUCUCUGAAUCACAAUGCCUGCUGCCUGACAAGACCAGCCGGUUCACUUGCAAGGGCAAGCAGAUCCACCACUUCUUGUGGGUCAGCACCUUUGCAGAAUACACCGUGAUCCCAGAGUAUGCCGUUGCCAAGAUAGAUGCUGCUGCACCUCUGGACAAAGUCUGCUUGCUUGGCUGUGGGUUUUCCACAGGCUACGGAGCUGCCAUCAACACUGCCAAGGUAAAACCAGGCUCCACCUGUGCUGUCUUUGGUGUUGGAGGAGUUGGCCUCCCUGUUGUCAUGGGCUGCAAGGCGGCUGGAGCUUCCCGCAUCAUUGCCGUUGAUAUCAACAAGGACAAGUUGGCCAAGGCCAAGGAGCUGGGAGCCACCGACUGCAUUAGUCCUCAAGACUUCAAGAAGCCCAUCCAGGAAGUGAUCACUGAGAUGACCGGCCAUGGUGUGGACUACUCCUUUGAGGUCAUUGGGCAUGCAGAUACCAUGAUUGCUGCCCUGGCUUCCUGCAAUAUGAACACUGGCAUGUGUGUGAUGAUCGGUGUACCAGCUUCUGGUUCAUCAGUUUCCGUUGAUCCUACGCUUCUGCUGACUGGGCGUACAUGGAAGGGGUCAGUGCUUGGAGUAUUCGGAGCGUCCUGCUCUUUUGAAGGACAUGGCCACAGGAGGCUGAAUGGAGGGACCAGCGCAGCAGACCAUCUCCUUUCUCACCCAGCACCUCACUUUGUGGGGGUGUGAGAAGAUGAGUACAAGGCACUUGAUGACACUGCUGUGUGUGCUUCCAUGCCCUGCCAAGACCCAGGACACCACUCCCAAAAAAACCCCACUUUCACCAAUAAAGGGUUUUGGUCAAACUCA